AUGGGCAGACACACAGUGCAAAAAUCUGCAAGGGUCCUCGAGUUAGAUGUCGUCUCUGCAUUAUCAGCGCAGAUUUCCACAUUGACCAACCAAGUCAAUCAGAUGACCUUGGUUAUUAACAAGCAACAAGCCCAGCUAGUGCAACAGGUUCAAUUGUUUUGUGAAGUAUGUGGAGAGGGUCAUACGAGUGACUUAUGCCCAGUUAAUCCAGAGUCUGUCUGUUUUGUGGGUAAUGCAAAUAGGGGCCAGACAAACCAAUAUGGGAACACUUACAAUAUUAAUUGGAGGUACCACCCAAACUUCUCUUGGGGUAGAAACCAGGGUGCUCAGAAUGAGUACAUGCCACAAGCACCUCAACAACAAUAUAGACCACCUCAGGCUGAACAAUAUGCAAACUCGACGAGUCACCUUGAGGAAAUAAUGAAGAAAUUUAUGGCUGACCAGCAAGCCCAAACAGCAGAGAUGAUGAAGAAAGUAAUGGCUGACCAUGCCCAAAAUACUCGACCAGUUGGAGCUCUUCCAAGCGACACUGAGGCUAAUACUAAGGCAUCUAUUAAUGUUGUGUCAUUGAGGAAUGGGAGACAGUUAGAAGAAGUCCAAUCGAAAAAGAGAAAACAAGUGACCUUUAAUGAGAAGUCGGUCACCAUAGAGGCAGAAUUAGAAAAAUUAAAGGAGACAGAGAAGUCAACUGAAGAGACGGUGGCUAAGCAACCCCCACCAUUAGUUGCGAGGCCACCACCUCUGUUCCCUCGAAGAUUGCAGAAAGUGAAGGAUAAUGCCGCGUAUAAAAAGUUUCUUGAUAUUUUAAAGCAGGUGCAAAUCAAUAUUCCACUGGUAGACAUCCUACAAGAAGUGCCAAAAUAUACUAAAUACAUCAAGGACAUAGUGGCAAAUAAAAGGAGGCUGACCAAAUUCAAGAUUGUGGAACUCACUGAGGAAUGUAGCUCAAGAGUUCAAAGCAAACUACCUCAGAAAUUGAAGGAUCCGGGUAGUUUCACUAUCCAAAUCUCGAUUGGAGUGAUUGAAAAUGUGUUAGUUCAAGUGGGUUCUUUCAUAUUCCCUGGUGAUUUCAUUAUCUUGGACUACGAUCCUGAUCAGGAAGUCCCUUUUAUUUUGGGGCAUCCAUUCUUAGCCACAGGCCGAGCUAUUAUUUAUGUAUGUGAAGGAAAGAUGACGAUGAGAGUAGGUGAUCGAGUGGAGGUAUUGCACUCGGAUUGCCUGCCCACUAUGAAGAGUUAUCUAUGA